ACCUUCCUGAGGGAGAAAACCUUCCGGAGGGAGAAAACCCUCAUAAUGGAGAAAACCCUCCUGAGGGAGAAAACCCUCAUAAGGGAGAAAACCUUCCUGAGGGAGAAAACCUUCCUGAGGGAGAAAACCUUCCUGAGGGAGAAAACCUUCCUGAGAGAAAACCUUCCUGAGGGAGAAAACCCUCCAGAGGGAGAAAACCCUCAUAAGGGAGAAAACCUUCCUUUGGGAAAAACCCUCCUGAGGGAGAAAACCUUCCUGAGGGAAAAAACCCUUCUGAGGGAGAAAACCUUCCUGAGAGAGAAAACUCUGAUGGUGAUGUUGAUAAUGCUAAAGAAGUCGGAAAUUCUCCUGAUGUUGAAAAUACAGAACAAGACUUGAUGUUGCAAGAGUGGAAAUACAUUGAUGAAUCAACGAAACAUAGAGAAUUGUUUUUAAAAUUGAUUGAAUAUGGACGCAAUUCCAUUGUUGAUGUUAAAGUGGUGGGCAAUGUGCGAGUAAUUUUCUCAGAAGAGUUUCGCAUUGGCAAAGGAAGUGAUGCAACCCGUGUUUUUCUUGGACUGGGUAAGGAUGGUUACGGUAAAGCAGUGAAACGAAUACCUCGAGAUAGCUACAUCCAGCUUGCGCUGCAAGAAAAAGAAAUUUUGAAUAAAUUCAACGCAAGAAAGUCGAAAUAUGUUGUGAAUUAUUCUUUCCUAGAGGAAGAGACUGGAACU